GGGCGGCACCAUGUUGUGGGACUGGCGGGGGCCGGCGGUGGCCGGGCCAUGGCGGGCGGGCGGCGGGCGCGGGGUACCAGGAGAUGCUUCAGUGGUGAUACAUCUUUUACAAUGCAAGUUAGGCAUGAAAUUCAUCAACUAACAUCCCCUUCCUCAUCCUGAUCUCCAACAGACUUCCUGUAACGCUUGGAAGAAAGGGUCAGGGGAGAAGGGCUGAAAGGCACCAUGAAGCUGAAGCAGCGAGUUGUGCUCUUGGCCAUCCUCCUCGUCAUCUUCAUUUUCACCAAGGUUUUCCUCAUCGACAACCUGGACACGUCGGCUGCCAACCGGGAGGACCAGCGCGCGUUCCAGCGGAUGCUGGCGGGGCUGCGCGUGGCGCUGGACCCGCGCCUGGAGCACACGCUGCAGUCGCCCUGGGAGAUCGCGGCGCAGUGGGUGGUGCCCCGCGAGGUGUACCCCGAGGACACCCCCGAGCUGGGCGCUGUCAUGCACGCCAUGACCACCAAGAAGAUCAUCAAAGCUGAUGUGGGGUACAAAGGGACGCAGCUGAAAGCUUUGCUGAUACUUGAAGGAGGACAGAAGGUUGUCUUCAAGCCCAAGAGAUAUGCCAGGGAUUAUAUAGUGGAAGGAGAACCCUAUGCUGGCUACGACAGACACAACGCAGAAGUGGCAGCCUUUCACUUGGAUAGAAUCCUGGGUUUCCGCCGAGCCCCGCUGGUGGUUGGCAGGUUUGUGAAUCUGCGCACAGAGAUCAAACCAGUGGCCACGGAGCAGCUCCUGGGCACCUUCAUGACUGUGGGCAAUAACACUUGCUUCUAUGGGAAGUGCUACUAUUGUCGGGAGACAGAGCCAGCCUGUGCAGAUGGGGACAUCAUGGAGGGCUCAGUGACCCUGUGGCUGCCGGACGUUUGGCCGCUCCAGAAACACCGGCACCCCUGGGGCAGGACUUACCGGGAGGGCAAACUGGCCAGGUGGGAGUAUGAUGAGAGCUACUGCGACGCCGUGAAGAAAACAUCCCCGUACGACUCGGGCCCGCGCCUGCUGGACAUCAUCGACACAGCCAUCUUUGACUACCUGAUCGGCAACGCCGACCGGCACCACUACGAGAGUUUCCAGGAUGAUGAGGGAGCCAGCAUGCUCAUCCUGCUGGACAAUGCCAAAAGCUUUGGAAACCCUGCCCUGGAUGAAAGAAGCAUCUUAGCUCCUCUCUAUCAGUGCUGCAUCAUCCGGGUUUCUACCUGGAACAGGCUGAAUUACCUGAAGAAUGGAGUCUUGAAGUCUGCCUUAAAAACUGCCAUGUCGCAUGACCCCAUCUCACCUGUGCUCUCCACCCCUCACCUGGACGCCCUGGACCAGCGCCUCCUCAGCAUCCUGGCUACAGUGAAGCAGUGCACAGACCAGUUUGGGCCAGAUGUUGUGCUGGUGGAAGACAGGAUGACUCUGUCUCACUUGUAAUCGUAGCGGAACACGAGAUGAAACUCCUUUUUUAAAAAAAAACAAACAAAAAAGUGAUAGAAAAACAGCACAAUCAGUUCAGAAGGGCUGUGGCCAAGAUGGACUGACACGAACAGGAAAGCUGCCGAGCCAGAGGAAGGGAGGUGACACUGGCUUUUUCCUUGGGCUGGCAGCAGUGAGAGGUGGGAAGGAGGCCUGGGAUGGCUCAGCCCCCGUGGUGGCAUCGUGGCCACUGUGGCGUGUCCAUUGCCGGCAGUGGGCGUCGCGCUGGAUAAAAACGGCUCUGGGUGCUGGUGCAGUGUGUGGAAUACAGAACUCCUUUGUGGACUGGAUCUGGAGGGGAUGAACAGAGAUGAACAGUACAGUCCUCUCCCCUUCUCUUCCCCUUAUACUCUGGCGAGUUUGUGUGAUUCAGGGUUGUACACAAUCAGCUCUGAGCUGGUUGGGCAUUUUACUGCUUCUUUAGAGAAUGAGCAGGGGCGAAUAAAAUAACUAUUGGACUGAAGAGUUGUACCACCCCCCCAGGGGUGGGAUGUUCUUCUGAUUGUCUGAGGGGUGGGAGAGGGGACCUCUGCUGCUCACUUGGCUUUUCCUUGAUAAAAGGCUGGGAAAGGGGGCUGCCUCCUAUGUGAUAAUGCUUCAGUGUUUUUGCUGAAGUCCUAUCAAAGGUUUAUCCACAGGGUUGGAGAUUUAGGAGAGGACAGGGUAGUUAUACAGCACUUGAUAAUUAAGGGGUUAUAUUAAGUUUCUGUUUGUCUUGUCCCUUUUUAUAAAUUAAUCUGGCAAGGUCUGAGUAGAGAAAAUAUCCUUGCAGUCCUGUGUCCAUUUUAACCAAAUGUUCAUUCUCUUGUAUCUGAGGAGGACAGAAUCUGUCCUUGGAAGCAGUUCUGCGUAGUGAGGUCAGGCUGCUUUACUGUGAGCCCUGAGUGCUGUGGAGCCUCUGGGCAUGUGGGACUGGGGGAAGAGGUGUUUGCUGGACUUCCCCAGUCACCAGCAGUAACCUGAGGUGCACACACAGCCCUGAGCUGUGGUCUUCUUCAUCUCACCUGAGAGAGCUUUCUGCUUCUCCCUGUGACCAGCUCAGCACUGCUUUCUGGGGACACCAGUGUUGGGGUCCCACGCUCACCUGGUUUGGCUGUGGCUAAACUCACAAGCUGUGACCUCUUCCAGGAGGUUUUCUGCCUUCCCCAGUUGCUUCUUGCAACCCCUACUGCAAUGUUCUGCCUGGGAUGGUCAUCCAGGAGUCCUUGCUAAUGGUUUUGCCAUAGAUAGAGAGAAGUUGGCUUUUCAGGGCAGGCUUGCAGCACUCAUGCUAGUCCUGUUGUCCUUCAGCACUGCAGCCUGUGCUGCCAAUGAGUUUGUGUCAUAGACCUGAUCACCUUGGGGCAGGUCUCACUUUGUGUCUUGAGAAGAGAAGCAGCAUCAUCACUGUUUCCAAAUUGAACAGUUUUGCAUCAGUGUUCAGCCAGCAUGGUCUUAAUGUAAGGAAGGAGCUUUUUCUCAUUGCAUGAGCAGAGUAUCUUGAAAGUAGAAUUUGACUGUUUACCUGAGAUUGAAUUCUUGCUGUCUUCUGGACUUGGCCACAGUCAUAGAUGCCAUAGAGCAAUGAGAUGAUGGGAUCUGGAGUUAUUUACUGGAGUUCUUAGUCAGGAUGGUGACAAUGGUGACACACAGCCAGCUUUGAGGACACUGUGAAGCUCAUUCCUCUAUCACCUGAUAAGAGAACAUGGUUUAGAAGCUGUGGGUGGUACUUGUGGGGCUGGAGCAAGUGCUGGUUUAAGCUGUUUCCCAGGAAAUUUCAUAUUAUUUACCCAAAGGGGAAAUAGUGAAGCACAUGAUUGGUGGCUUGUAGCAUUUCUAAAAGUAUGUACUUCUCUUUGAGUUUAAACAUGAGUUCUUAAUAUUUUGGGAGGGAUCUACCAAAAUCUAAUAUUUGAUUUCUAUGUGAUCACUCUUGAUAUUUACAUUUGAUUUAAUAAUGGGCUCAAAAAAAAGAUCUUUCAGUCUUUGAAAUUAAAUUAGUGUUGAGGACUUACAUAUUGCUUUAAGCUAAAACUUUUGCUGUCAGAUGGAACCUGACAUGAGUUUUUUUCCCAGUAUAAAUGUCAAAGAUUUAAAGCAGGGUAUCGGUUUAUUUUGGUUUACUUGUGGACAAAGGGCAUGAAGUCCAGCAUUAUCAAUAGGAGGAAGCAAGAAAGGGUUGUUUUUUGGGAUUGUUUUUUUUAUUUGUGAUAUUGAUGCUUCUGCUUGCUGGAAACACUACUGGAGGUUGGUGUUCUGCAUCAGGAAAGAAAAAUAAAUUCCUCUCUUAAACCAAAAACAGGAAGAUCUGGUUUUGGCCUUGUGGCAAUUUCUGCCCUUUUGGCAGUGAUGGUCAUUUUGCUUGAACGCAGAACCCUGAGAGAUUUUAAAUUGUAACCGUUGCAAAGGAAAUGAGGAGCAGCAUCCACGUGCCAACAGGGUCUGCUUGAAUCUGAAAAUUAACACUGUUUGCAAGGCAGGUGCUCUGUGGAGGAGGUUUUCCAGACACCUUAUUCUUGUUCACUGUGUAUGUGUCACCCACUGGCCCCAGAUGUUACACACUGGUUGUGUCAUGGUUAUCAAUGAUAUCAGAGCACUGGAAGCACAGAAAUCAAGAACUAAUUAAAGAGCCUCAUCAGCCAUCUGCUAUUUACCUCCUCCUUCCCAAGUCAGCCAUCAGGGGGAGGAGACACUCGAGUCAGCUCUUCUUCCAGCAGCUGAUGAACUGGAGUGUGUCUUGCCAAAUAAACUUCAACUCAAAAGUACUAAUUUAUUAAGAAGGUAAUUUAUUUACUGCAGCAGCUGGAGCGGGAUGCUGGAAACAAACCCCCCUCGAGGAUGUGCCAGAGGAGGCCCCUGGGAGCUGCUGCACAAAUGGAGUUGCUAAUAAGCAAACAGAAUGCAAUCAUGACUUUCUACUCCUAUACCCCGGGGUCAGAUCCCACAUAAAGCAACAUUGUGUGAGUAAAGAUUUUAAUAAAGCAACAUUGAUGGAUUGCCUAAA